GAGAAGCCGUAGAAACGAAACCGCCUCAGCUGAAAAACUGCCAUCGUUCUUUUCCAGAUCUCUAACACUUUUCAAGAGUCAGGAUAUGAAACGAAAGUCCAAAGUGACAACCAGUAGAGAAAACGAAAUUUUUAGUAGCGAAAUUGGUCUUAAAAACAAGAAUGAAAAGAAUAUCGUGACAAGCAAGUGCAAACUGGAAGAAGAAGCUGACACGCCAGGUGACUUGGUGGAUUUUGACAAAGUUCCUUCGUUUUUCCGCGAGCCUUUUAUAAUAUCGAGCUAUCGCAAGUGUGAUUCUUCCGCUUGGCAUUGUUUCAAAAGCCUAUUUCAAGCCACCAACGAGACGAUCAACAUCUGGAGUCAUGUUUUGGCGUUUGCUGUUUUCGCGCUUCGCUUUGCUUCAGUAUUCGCAAAACACAAGCCGUGGGACGAUACGUUCGUAUAUCCACUCGUCUGCUUCGCAUUCGGGAUUUGUGUAAUGCUUGCCAUGAGUGCUGGUGCGCACUUGUUCAACUGUAUGUCGAUUAAAGCCCGUCAUGUCUGCUUCUUCUUCGAUUAUGCUGCCAUUAGCGUGUACACCUUCACAGCUGGGCAAGUAUUUUAUUUUUAUUCUAGGCCGUUGAACACAAAUUGGAUGAUAUUCAACACUCCUGCUCUGUUCCUUGGCAUCUCCGCCGCCAUUUCUUUCGCAUCCACGUGGGCGUGUUGCUACUCGUUCUGCAGCAGAAGUCGUUUCGAUGCAGCUUUAAAAGCGGGCACUUACAUUAGCUCCUGGCUAUUUAACACUUCACCUUAUUUGACAAUGUUAUCAUUGUGUAACACAACAUUAACUUGUAGCAGUCCUCUAUCCAUACAGUACUUCAAUCGUCACUGCUUAUUCUACGCGGGCGGGACGCUUGCGUAUGUCUUCCGCGUCCCGGAACGUCUAAUGAUUGGCGUUUUCGACGUGCUAGGGCACAGCCAUCAUUUUCUUCAUAUUCUGUGCGCAAUCGGUGCAGCAGAUGAGUUUUCAGCUGUUGAACUGGACAUGCUGCAGAGAAAGGCAAUAAUCGAGCCACUCCCAGGACCCACAUUCUCAAACAGUAUUUUGUUAACGAUUUUAGUCGUUCUUGGAAACAUCUCAGUAGUACUAUUAUGUACUAGGUAUUUAAAUCUGCGAAAACACUGACUUGACCCAAGAGAUUAUAUUUUAUAAUCUCUUAUUGGAACGAAAGGACUAUAAGACAGAAAUUGAGAAUUUCGUUAAAUGUCCAUGCAUCUAGAAGUUCUCAAUGAAUUUAAACUAUUAGCCGUAAAACUGGACAAAAAAAUUAACCAUUAGAGUUAGAGACCCUCUCUCUGUUGAGGUGUUGACCAAUAAAGAGGGUCUGGAUGAGGUUAACUGACAACUGACAAAUGAACAAAAUUUUAACUGACAAGUGACAAAUCCGCGCUGAAAAACUAACUGACAACUGACAUUUGUGGUGGGCUUUUACUGACAACUGACAAAAGCCCGGAUCGCCCUUAGUAUCCUAAAAACUGGAUGUAAAAUAAGGACAGUUGAUUUAUUGUAUUCACUGAAAGUACAAAUUCCAUUACAUAUCAGUAGGAGUACGCCAGAGUGUCCUAUUUUGUUAAUAAUUAACGCAUGUGCCAUCCACAUCAAGGUCAUAUGUCACAUAUCAG